CCCCCGCCUCGGCCGUCGCCGCCCGAUGUGUUCGUGGGCUUCACGCCCCACCCCGCGGCCCUGGGCCCCCCGACGCUACUGGCGGAGCAGAUGAGUGUGAUUGGCAGCCGCAAGAAGAGCGUGAACAUGACCGAGUGCGUGCCGGUACCCAGCUCCGAGCACGUCGCCGAGAUCGUGGGUCGCCAGGGGUGCAAAAUCAAGGCUCUGCGUGCCAAGACGAACACAUACAUCAAGACGCCGGUGCGUGGAGAGGAGCCUGUCUUCAUCGUAACUGGCCGCCAGGAGGACGUGGAGAUGGCCAAGCGUGAGAUCCUGUCUGCAGCCGAGCAUUUCUCUGUGAUCCGUGCUACGCGCAGCAAGGCUGGUGGGCUUCCUGGCACGGCGCAGGGCCCACCCAACCUGCCGGGACAGACAACCAUCCAGGUGCGUGUGCCCUACCGAGUGGUGGGGCUUGUAGUGGGGCCCAAGGGCGCCACCAUCAAGCGCAUCCAGCAGCGGACGCACACGUACAUCGUGACGCCGGGUCGCGACAAGGAGCCCGUGUUUGCCGUGACGGGCAUGCCCGAGAACGUGGACCGGGCCCGCGAGGAGAUCGAGGCGCACAUCACGCUGCGCACCGGCGCCUUCACCGACGCCGGCCCCGACAGCGACUUCCACGCCAACGGCACCGAUGUCUGCCUGGACCUGCUUGGGGCAGCUGCAGGCCUUUGGGCCAAGGCCCCCAACCCUGGGCGGCGGCCCCUCUUGCCCACCGCCAGCCUCCGCGGGGACGGUGCCCUGGGCGCCCCAGGGGGCCCCGAGGCCUUUUACCCGGGCAGCCGGGGAGGACCGCCAGUGCCGGACGCGGGCCCCGCCAGCCCCUAUGGCGGCUCGGGCAACGGAGGAUAA